UUAGCAUGUGCGUAUGGUGUAUGCAUGUGUGUAUGAACAGGAGAAGCAAGCAUGCAUUUGUCAGCUUGUGUGUGUGUGCAUGAGGGAUAGACAGAGCUGUUUUAUUUUUAUUUCAUGCCUUAGAAAGAGAGAGAGAGAGAGAGAGAGAGAGAGAGAGAGAGAGAGAGAGUCAUCUAUGUAGAAUGUGUCAGAGGGGGAGAAAUCAAACUGGCUCCAUGAAAUCUAUGUGACUCAAACACAGUGUUCUCUGUGUCCACAAGAAAGGGAAGGAAAGCAAGGGAGGAGAAGAGGAAGACAGACAGAACUACAGGGAAUGAGUCAUGGACAAUCACAUUUAACCACGGCCUCAGGAAACAGAUGAACUAUCAGGCCCCAGCAAAGCUCCCAUAUUUUCUGCUCUGAAAAUGAUACUGUGAAUGCACACACACCGUGCUGAAAGAACUGCUUAGACUGGAGCUCACCCGUGUCCACACACACACACACACACACACACACGCACACACACUUGCAAACAGAGAAUUCCCUGUUCCGUUUUUGCUGAAAGCACAGAUUGAAAGUCAGGGUUUUUCUUUAGUCGCCCGGUACGAACUCUAGACAGUACAUGAAGAGUCUCUCUGUAAUUUAAUGGAAAUAUAACUAAUUUUGCAAAGAACCAAAACGACGUUGACAGCACAUUGGAACAGUCAUUAAUUGUGCAGACAAAAAAAAAAAAAACCUGUUUGUGAUCAUCUUACGCUUCAGGCUUGAUUAAAUCCAUAGGACUGAUACACCAGAAAAGGAGACCAUGACAUCACAUGGAAAACUGAGAAAGGAAAAGGCGGAGUAUGAGACACAAAUCAAAGAGGUACGUGGUCAGCUCUCGGAGCAGCUAAAAAUCCUGGAUGCACAGCUGGAGGUGAAAACACAGCAACUGCAGGAUCUAAGCGAGUACCUGCGCAGACGGGGUGAGAUUGAGGCAGAGUAUGCCCGCUCUCUGGAGAAACUCAGCGAGAAAUUCACUAUCAAGACUAAAAGAAAGGAGCAGUUGGACCUGUCGGUGGCUCAGAGCUGGACGGUUCUGCUGACCCAAACCAGACAGGAGAGCCGAGAUCACAGCUCACUGAGUGAACUCUGCAGCAACACCCUCACACAACGGCUCUCACACUGCAUAGAGGAUACGCACCGCAUGGCAAAGAGGAGCAAGGAGGUGGGUCUCCAGAUGCAGGACGAGCUCUUGAAAAUCACCACAGAGCUGCAGACGGCUUUGAAAACGUAUCAUCAGUACCACAUCGACUGUCUGGCUGCUGAAGGCAAGCUCAAAGAGGCCACACGACUGGAGGAGAAACAGACGGGCAAAUCAGCUGAUCUCGGUCUCAUCCAAUCAGGAGGGCAGAGGCGCAGUUCGGUGAAAAAAAUAGAGAGACUGAUGGAGAAGAGGCAAGUGAAAGUACAGGAAACUCAGCUGAAGUGCACUAAAGCUCGUAAUGACUACUUGCUCAACUUGGCAGCAGCGAAUGCCUCCAUGAAUAAGUACUAUCUGCAGGACAUUUGCACUCUGAUUGAUUGCACAGAUUUGGGGUACCACCUGUCUGUGUCUCGGGUUAUACGCGGGUACGUCUCCAACCAAAACCGAAUAAUCCAGAACAUGAAAAAUGGCCUCCAGCAGCUUGAUACAGCAGUUACUGAACUCAAUCAGGGUCAGGAUAGAGAUGCCCUGCUCCAGGCCCACAAUACAGCAUUCUGCCUGCCCUUUCGCUUUCAGUACCAGCCUCAUGAAGGGGACCAGGUGUGUGAGGUGAGUGCAGAGGGCCAGGUGAGGUAUGAGCUUGAGACCAGAUUCCAGCAGCUUCAGUCCAGACUUGCCUCUGUUACCCUGGAAACAGAGGAGGUCAGUAAGACACUUAAGACAACACACACUAACCUUCUGGAGAGCAUCUGUGAUGAUGAUUGCAACCCAACCCCUGACACCACCGCUACCCCAUUGGUGGAAAACACAGGUGACUGUGCAGGGAGCAAACCAAGCCUGGCAAAACGCAGAGCCAAUCAACAGGACACAGAGACAUUCUACUUUACAAAAGUAAAGGAGAACAUGAGUGGCAGCUCUCUGAUCUCAAAACUCCAGGCUAAACAUGACCUGCUUAAAGAGGCCAUACAGAAAGCUGAGUCCAUUGAUAGCGAUCCCUCCAGAAUGCAGCCUGAUAGGGCAGUGCGUGUGCGGAAAGCCAGGCCCUGCUCCCAAUACAACCACAAACUCUUCUCUGGAGACAUGCUCUCUUUCAUCCAGAGCUCUGGGCAACAGAUCCCCCUGGUAGUUGAGAGCUGCAUCCGCUUCAUCAAUCUGCACGGUCUGCAUCAUGAAGGAAUUUUCAGAGUGCCUGGUUCACAGACUGAAGUCAAUCAUAUCAGGAAUGCCUUUGAAAGAGGAGAAGAUCCGUUGACUGACAGUGAGUGUGACAUUGAUUCAGUGGCAGGGGUUCUGAAGCUUUAUUUCAGAGGUCUAGAGAAACCUCUGUUCCCUGAGGAGAGCUUCAGCCAGCUCAUGGAGUGUGUCCAAAUUGAGAAUAUGACAGAGAGAGUAGCGCAGAUAAAGUCAGUGGUUUCACUGUUCCCUAGACCCGUUGUCAUAGUGAUGCGCUAUCUAUUCGCCUUCCUUCAUCAUGUCUCUCAGUAUAGUGAUGAGAACAUGAUGCAGCCAUAUAAUCUGGCUGUGUGCUUCGGCCCCAGUCUGCUCAGAGGGGUGGAGAUGGGUGGUGACGAAGUGACCCUGGCACCUCAAAUCAAUGACCUUGUCAAGACUAUACUCCUACAUCAUGAGAACAUUUUCCCUAGUCCGUCUGAACUCUUGGGCCCUGUCUAUGAGAAAUGCAUGACUCUUGAGCAAGAAUACUGUGAACCUAUCACAGAAGAGGGUGAGGGAGAUGCUGAACAUCCUCCCAGUGAAGAUGAGUGGGAGGCAGUGGCUUUGUUUGAUUAUGUUGCACGCUCCGCAGCCGAGCUGUCAUUCAAGCAGGGUGACCACCUCUUACUACACAGCAAGGCCUCUGCUGAUUGGUGGAGAGGGGAAGUAGGCGGAGUGAGAGGCCUGAUCCCACAUAAUUACAUCAGUGUGGUAGAGGGGGCAGACCGUAAGGACAGAGGGAAGAAGGAGGACAGCAGAGUAGGCAGCACAGGAAAUCUAGCAGAAGAACAGCAGGGCGAGCACAGCACCCGUAUGAGGGUAAACAGUGAUAGUGCAUCUCUGCCCGGCCGGCAGAGGACAGGGAGCGGAGGCAGCAGUAUAGGUGUAGGUGGCAGUGGAAGCCCCAUACGGAAGCUCACCCUGCAGGUGCCCGAGGGACGACUCAUCCUUCCUCCACAGUCAUCUGCAGUUGCACGCCAGCUCUCAGGGCACCAUGAGCGCAGACAUACUUUAGACAGUCUGAGGCCAAUAGGAGGAGCAGCAGAAAGACAGACAGUUCAUAUCGACAAGGAGGUCAGUCGGCAGAUGAACUCUGUCUUUAAGGAGCUGUUGUCUCGUCAUCCUCCUCAAGAAGUCUUGGGUUCGAGCCCUCCUCCCUCUUCCACCCCCUCCGUGUCUCCUGCUGCUGCUCGGCCUCCGGUGAAAAAGGGAGGUUUCAACCUUCGCGGCAGAGGACUCUUCAAACCCCAAGACCAACAGGACUGAGGGGGAUGAUAUCUUAGUGAAUACGAGUAAGAGUGCUGGAGAAAUGCCAUCACAGAUUUGAAUAUAUUUUUCCAGACAUACAAUAUAUGGUACCCUUUACGCCUUAUUAACUAAAGUGUAUUAAAGGAUUCAGUUAAACCAGAACCAGUCACGCAUUCUGUGAUUGUUCAUGGCUAAAUUGUGUGUGAGGCCAAUUCAUUGAUUAAAUUUUUAGUUGUAUUUGUGUUUUAGCUUUGUCAUUGUCUUAAAACGACUGUCAAUCUGGUCCUCAGUCAAGAGUAUCCUACUUCAUCCAAUCAUUCAUCCAUCACAGUGGCGUCCAGUCUCUGUAGUUUUUUACUCUAAUGUUAAACUGUGUUGUUAUGGAGAAACAUAUAUAUAUAUCUGCUGAUGACAUAUUCAUGGAGAUGGUACCAGACGGCAGACAAAGUGUUUAGAAAGUCCCUCAAACUAUGUAGAUACUGAAUGGCAAGUGUGAUGUGGGAAUGAUGUCCAUCACAGGCGGAGUCCACGUUGUUUUAUUUUAUUUAUAGACAUGUCACACCAAAUGUAGAAAAAGGUUUUUAUAAAGGCCAGUGUCCCAUUCAGUUUGACAAUUAAUUAGACCUCGGGUAGAGGGCAUAUUUCAUUUGGUGCAAAUGAAAAAAGACCUUCAGUGUGUCGUACUGUUGUCGUUCAUUCAGCUAAAGGCCAAAACAUACUUUAUGCAAGUUCACGUACACAGAUGCAUGCUCUUGGCUAAAGCUAUUCCAAAGCACGUUCCAGUUGAACAUACAUUAUAUGCCUUCUUGUGGUACUGUGGCAGUAACCUACCUCAGUACACAAGGGGGCGAUAGAGUUAUCUUCAAGAGUCUGUGCCAUUUAAUUGGAUGUGUUGCUGUGUAAUGGGAUUACACCUAACACUGAUAGAUCACAAAGUAAUUAUUUACUGUAAUAUAAUUAAUUGUAUUAAAGGGAUAGUUCACCCAAAAAUGUAAAUUACAUUUAUUUCAUGAUUUACUCAACCUCAUGACAUCCCAGAUGUGUAUGACUUACUUUCUUCUACAGAACACAAAUUAUGAUUUUUAGAAAAAUAUCUCCAAAAUACUUUAAUAAUACCUUUAUGAGCUUUUUGAGCAUCAAAGUAAUCCAUAUGACUCCAGUGUAUUAAUCCAUAUUUUCUGAAGCAAUGUAAUAGGUGUGGGUGAGAAACAGAUCAAUAUUUAAGUACUUUUUUUGUUUGAAUUUCUCCUCCCUGCCAAGUAGGAGGUGGUAUGCAUGAAUAAUGUGAAUCACCAAAAAGACAAGAAGAAGAAUGUGAAAGUGAUCUGUUUCUCACCCACACCGCCCACAUGAUAUCACAUCUGAUGAUAUUGAUUUAACCAAUGGAGUCUUAUGGGUUACUUUUAUGCUGAUUUAUAAAAAAUUUUGUUUUUAUAAAACUUUUUUUUUGGAGCUUCAAAAUGAUUUUUUUUGGAGCUUCAAAAUGUUGGCACCCAUUCACUUGCAUUGUAUGGAUCAUUGUAUGAGAAGUUCUUAAAAUGUUAAUUUGUGUUCAGCAGAUGAAAGAAAGUCAUAUGCAUCUGGGAUGGCAUGAGAGUGAGUAAAUAAUGAGAUUUUUGGGUGAACUGUCCAUUUAUGUCUGUACAACCUGUUGAAUGGACAGUACUUAUGUCAUUUAAAGCCUUGUUUUCAUUUGACAAAUUAAAUAUGCCAGCAACCCUGACUAGUUAUUUGAGUAAUUUCUUUAUUUGAUUUUUUAUUAUUGAAGUUGGCAGAUUUUCUUAUUUCUUUUUUACACUAUGCUAAACUCAAGUACUGUAGCUGUAUACUUAGCUCUAGUAUACGGUACUGAAGGUACAAAAUGAUAACCAUUAAAAUCCUCCAGGGUCAUUUCGUUUUACAAAACCAAUGGAAAUAACUUUGCUUAGUUUAUAUAUAUAUAUAUAUAUAUAUAUAUAUAUAUAUAUAUAUAUAUAUAUAUAUAUACACUGAUCAGCCACAACAUUAAAACCACCUGCCUAAUAUUGUGUAGGUCCUUCUCCUGCCACCAAAAUAGCGCCAACCUGCAUAGAAUAGCAUUCUGGGAUGCUAUUCUUCUCACCACAUUUGUACAGAGCGGUUAUUUGAGUUACAGUAUAUUCUUUCAGUUUGAGCCAGUUGUGAGUUAAAAUCCCAGGAGAUCAGCAGUUACAGAAAUACUCAAACCGGCCCGUCUGGCACCAACAAUCAAUCCACGGUCCAAAUCAAUGAGAUUUUUUUUCCAAUUCUGAUUGUUGAUGUGAAAGUUAUCUGAAGCUCCUGACCCGUAUCUGCAUGAUUUAUGCACUACACUGCUGCCACACAAUUGGCAGAUUAGAUAAGUGCAUGGAUAUUUGUUGAGCCAGGGCUGGUUUGAGUAUUUCUGUAACUGCUGAUCUUGUGGAAUUUUCACACACACAGUCUCUACAAUUUACUCAGAAUGGUACCAAAAACAAACAAAUAUCCAGUGAGCGGCAGUUCGGUGAACAGAAAUACCUUGAUGAUGAGAGAGGUCAACAAAGAAUAGCCAGACUGUUUUGAACUGACGAAGUCUAUGGUAACUCAGAUAACCGCUCUGUACAAUUGUUGUGCGAAGUAUAACAUCUCAGAAUAAUAUUUUGAGAUGUGGGUUGGCGGCAUGAGGGGGACCAACACAAUAUUAGUUUGGUGGUUUUAAUGUUGUGGCUCAUCGGCAUAUAUAUAUAUAUAAUUUGCUAAUUGGUAUUCAUUUGAGCUUUUUGUUGGAUUUCUUAUUACAUUUCAUUUCUAUUCUAUAAAAACUUUCUAUUUAAAAGGAGUCACCACACAUGCAAGCAAACACACUGAAAUGGCUGAUCUUGCAUGGGAACAGGUGGAGUGGCCAAAAUAAGCACAGCUCUGUAGCCACCUUUACCCCUUCAGCUCCAUUUUCUUUGUCACAUCUAAAAACUGUCAAGACAACUGUGAAGUCAAGUGCCACCAAACACUCCGAGCAGCUCAGGAACUGUAAAACAUAGGAGAAAAGGACAGGAAAAUGAGAACUAACUGGAGAAAGAACACGUGCAGUCACAGGAAGUAGAAUGGAAUUUCCUUCCUUUUCACUGCACAUGAGCACAUUAAUAAAACCCUGGUCACUAAUGUCCCUCGACUGCCACCCAAUCACUGAAACAUUCCUUUUAGCAGUGUCUUUCUGUUAGAUGAUGUCAUCAUUGAUGUAUGGAUUACAAUAUUAUCUAAAUAAAUUAUAUAGAUUCUGAAA